CUUGUUUUAUUUUUUUGUUUUUUUGAUUAGUAAAAUUUGACGUCUCUAUUUUGUAACGAUUUGGUUUAAAUGAGCAAAAUCUAGAAUUUGCCACAAGGGUUUUCAGCGGAAAGGUUACAUUUGUAGAGAGUGCACUGAAGUUUCUUCACUCAUUAUGGCUGCAUUAAUUGUAACUCGUAACGUACGUAUUGCAAAACAAUCUGCUAACGGAAUCCUGGGUGUAUUGUACCCACGAACAAGUUAUUAUUCCACUGAUGCGCCACGCCCUCUCAAGACCACGAAUUUAGGUGCUAUGAAACGUGGCACUGGCGGCCGAAGUAGUUUUAAUGGUAUUGUGGCAACGGUCUUUGGAUGUAGCGGAUUUGUGGGUCGUUACGUAUGCAACAAAUUAGGAAAGUCGGGUACCCAAAUGAUCCUGCCUUAUCGUGGUGACGAAUCUGAUGUAAUGCGUUUGAAGGUUUGUGGUGAUUUGGGUCAAGUAUUGUUUCAUUUCUAUGAUUUGCGCGACGAAAAAGCCAUACGUACGGCUUGCAAGUAUUCCAAUGUGGUUAUAAACCUGGUGGGUCGCGAAUACGAAACGAAAAAUUUCAAAUUCAAAGAUGUGCAUAUAGAUGGAGCGAGACGCAUAGCACGAAUUUGUCGCGAAAUGGGUGUUGAACGUUUAAUACAUGUUUCCGCUUUAAAUGUUGAUCCGGAGCCCGAAGGCCAUAUUAUAUCAGGAGGUAGCAAAUUUUUACGCAGCAAGCGUUUAGGUGAGCAGGCAGUCUUUGAAGAAUUCCCAAAAGCUACCGUUAUACGUCCGGCAGAUAUAUAUGGUUCUGAAGAUAGAUUUCUGCGCUAUUACGCUCAUGUUUGGCGUCGUCAGCUUCGAGGAACGCCAUUGUGGUUUAGCGGUGAACGAACGGUCAAACAGCCAGUUUACGUCUCAGAUGUAGCUCAAGGGAUAGUCAACUCUGUUAAAGAUCCUGAUACAGUUGGAAAAAUUUAUCAGGCUGUAGGGCCUAAACGCUAUAAAUUAUCAGAGUUGGUCGACUGGUUUAACCGGCUUAUGCGUAAGGACGAGAAAUGGUGGGGUUAUUUGCGUUACGAUAUGCGUUUUGAUCCGACCUUCAUUUUCAAAACGAAAUUAACGGAGUGGAUUUGCCCUAAUCAACCCAUAGGUAAUUUACAUAUGGAGCGAUUAGAACUUGAAUGUGUUACCGAUGAAGUUCUAGAAAAAGUUCCAACUUUGGAAGAUUUGGGUGUUCAGCUCACUGACAUGGAAGAUCAAGUUCCUUGGGAAUUACGCCCAUAUCGUGCCAGUUUGUACUAUGAUGCUGAUCUGAAUGAGUUUGAAACGCCAGCACCGCCAAAAACUGCUCCUCGUGAUGAGCAGCGCUUAUAUGCAUAAAAUUAUUUGAGAGGCUACCAAAGUGCCGAGAACCUGUAAUGCCAUGAGCAAAGGAGAAAUUUGAGCUUGCUAAAAAUUGUAGAUGUCUGCGUGUACGCGAAUUAUUAUUUGUUGUUUCGGCGAUGCAUUGUUUAUGGUACGGGAUAAUUAGUAGUGAGUACUUAGAAAUGAUUAAUGUACUAGUAAGAUCCCUGGACGGAGAUAAAUAAAUCAGGGAAAGGAAACAACUAAAAUCGUUUUCAUUACAAGAUAUAUAAAAUCCGUCAUUUAAUUUGUA